AUGGCUCCAUCUACCACUAUCAAGCCAGUGACAGUCUCUCUUGAAGACCUCAGAUCCGGCAAUGUCGCUUUUGACAAACUCCUCGAGGCGUUCGGUCCUUCAUCUCUAGGUAUACUAGUAGUAUCAGACCUGCCAGCAUCAUUUGCAGAGCUACGUUCGAAAGUGCUCACCAACUCAUCGCGUCUCGCAGCGCUACCAGCCUCGAAGCUUGAAACGUUGACGAAGGAGUCGGCGAAGUAUCUGGUGGGCUGGUCGCAUGGGCGAGAAUCACUUUUACCGGGUGUAGUGGAUAUAUACAAGGGAAGCUAUUACAUCAAUUGUGCUUUCUACAAGGAUUCGAGCCUUCAGGGCGUGCGGAAUGGAGCUGAGAAGUUCCCGGGUUUUGAUGAAUAUACUGCUGAGAAUGUCUGGCCUAGCGACGAGGACGUACGCGGGUUCAAAGCUGAUGCGGAGAGUUUGAUCAAGCUGAUCAUUGACACGGCUGUGUUGGUGGCGAGAUCGUGUGACAGAUAUGCAGAGGAAAAGAUAGAUGGCUACCAGAAGGGCUAUCUGGAGAAAAUGGUACAGUCGAGUGAGACAACGAAGGCACGCUUGCUACAUUAUUUUCCAAGCAAGGAGAGCGGCCACGAGACAAAUGGCACGACCAAUGGUGAUCAUGACUCGAAAGCAGCCAAAAACACCGACGACCAAGCAAGCAACAGUGGCGACAAAAAGACAGAACACGAUUGGUGCGCGACUCACCUCGACCACGGCUGUUUGACCGGCUUGACAAGCGCAAUGUUCACCGACGAAGCCUCACACUCACCCUUGCAAGAAUUACCAGCCUCUCCCUCCUCUAGCUCAGGUCUCUACAUCCGCGAUCGCAACGGCGAUACUCACAAGAUCAGUAUCCCACGCGACUGUCUGGCUUUUCAGACCGGUGAAGCACUGGAGCUGAUCACUCAAGGCAAGCUUAAGGCUGUGCCGCAUUUUGUUAAAGGCGUUAACAUGGCAGAAGUGGAUGAUAAGCAGGCGCGGAUUGCGAGGAAUACGCUUGCUGUGUUUACGCAGCCGAACCUGGACGAGGUUGUUGAUCCGCAGACUGGUUUGACGUUUGGUGAGUUUGCGAGGGGUGUGGUUAAGAAGAAUACGGCUGGCUAG